AUGGCGCGCAUUUUCCUUCCCGUCAUGCUUUCACUCUUUGCUGGCAGCGUUUUUGCCGCUCCUGCCCUCGUCACAGGAGCAGCACUUCCUCCCAAUAUUGCUGAUCAAGCCGGCGGCGGCCUUCCCAAUGCCCCCGGCGAGCCCAAAGUGUCUCAAACUGGCCUGGACAACUUUCAAGUGGCCAACUUUCUGGAGAAUCUGGAGUCUGCUUUCUUCCAGGAGGGGUUGAUGAAUUAUACAUGGUGGGGAACCGGUGGCCAAACGAACGGCGUAAGCAAUCUUGAAGUGGUCUCACACAUUGCUGCGCAGGAGGAGGUGCAUGUGGCGGCGAUCGUCGACUUGCUAAAAGCGAAUGGCGUCCGAGACGUUGCUCCAUGCAAGUACAGCUUUCCUGUUACGGAUGAGAAGAGCUUCCUUGCCCUCGGCAAUAUCAUCACGACCGUUGGCAUUGGUGCUUUGAUCGGCCUACAGCGUGUCCUGGCGGACACCGACCCAGGUUUGGAGCCUAUCGUCGGAUCUAUCCUCCCGGUCGAAUCUCGACACGACGCCUUCUUCCGAAUGACAGCACACGAGAUUCCCAAUCCUACAACCUUUGAAACUCGGAUCAGCGGCGCGUGGGCCUACAAUCUGGCAUUGGACUUCACAGUUGGGGGCUCAUGCUCGAACCUCCCGCCUUCAAUCACGUCCUUGCCAAUCUUCCCUGACUUGGGCAUUGUCGGUUAUGGUUCCCCUUCGUUCGCUACGCCGAAUGCUCCGGGGAAAUUGAUUUUCAAGAUUGGCCAGGAGAAGAUGUUACCUGCAGGCUGGAAUGUGCAACCACUCUGGAUUGCGUGGGUCAACCAAGACAAUCUCCCGGCAUACACUCCGGUGACAAUAAAUGGCAAUGGGGAGCUGCAUGCUGAUGUUCAGCCGGGGAUGUUUGGUGUUGCAUUCGCAGCCCUAACCAACCAAAACACGGCAACAAAUGUUGACGAUCUCACCAAGGCGACCCUGGCGGGACCUAUACCUAUUCCUCUCACUUAG